AUGGUGUUCAAAGCUUCGAGCGAAUGGGCAUCACAGGACAAGGAAACUCCCAAACAAGGGACCGGGAAAAAUACCAAAAGGAACAAGGGCAAAGGAAUUAAGAAAAAGAAGGAAAUGGAGAAAGAGUUGGGGGAGCAAAGAAUUGCACAACAACAUGGGAACAACAUGCAAGACUACCCUCAACUACCAUCCAUGAGAUCACAAAGGAAGGAACAUCAAACACAACCUAGUAAAGAGGAAACACCUACACCACAAAAGGAAAUGUCAAAAGUAGUGGGUAGGAGAGAAAAGAAGAAGGAAAAAGAAGAACAGAAAAGACAGAAAAUAAGAAAGGUAGUAAAUAUUGAAAGAAAGGAAGGGAAAAAGAUUAGGAGAAGAGUCCCUAACACGGCGGCAGUAACGAUAACUGCGGAAAGGGGACAAUAUAAGGACCUACUAGCGGAGGCGAAGAGAAAGAUCGACCUGACAGAAAUCGGAAUUGAGAAGAUAAAGACCAGAGUGGGGGCCACCGGAGCUCUGGUACUCGAAAUACCUGGAGAGGAAAAAGGUAAACAGGCGGACCUACUUGCAGAUAAGCUCAAAGAAGUGUUAACCGACAGAACAAAGGUAAGCAGACCGCAGAAGAUGGGAGAACUCUGA